AAAGGAAUUAAUUCAUUUUUCAAAAGGAAAAGGGAUGAAUCAAACAUUGAGAAUGAGCAAGUGCAAGUCCAAGUGGAAGAGCCACCUCGUGAUGCUGAUCAAUCUCCCCUUCCCCUGAUUGAGGCCGAACAUCAUCAUAGGCAAGAGGAACAGCAGCCUAUUCCUGUUUUAUUUCGCGGAAUUGAGUUCUUAGAGAGGGACCCUGCAUUGCGUCCACAAAUAUGGGAGUAUCCAAGCAAUCAACAGAAUGAAGUUCAGCGAGCAUAUUUGAAGUUAGGUCCGAUGCAACCAAAAUUGAAGAAUUAUAAAGCUUUUGGUCCUCAGGGACAUCAACGCCGUUUCCAAUACCAUUGGUUCAGUGAGUUUCCAUCUUGGUUAGAAUAUUCAGAGAGUAGUGGCAAGGCAUAUUGUCUUCUUUGUUUUCUCUGCAGCAAAAAUAUAAAGAAAAGGGGUGGUUUUGAUGCCUUCACAAUACAGGGAUUCAACAAUUGGAAAAAAGUUCAUGAUAGAAAAAAUUGUGCAUUCUUGGUUCAUAUAGGAUCUGAUCCUUGCUCGGAACACAACAACUCAGCUAAGGAAUGCCAAGCUUUGUUGAAUAAUCUGAAUCAUAUAGAUAAUAUUAUGGAGGUAGCAAGUAAUCAAGAGAGGGAAAAAAAUCGUCUACGUUUGAGAACAUCAAUUGCUGUUGUUAAGUGGUUGACCUUUCAAGCUUGUUCUCUUAGAGCUCAUGAUGAGAAACUUGAAUCAAAAAAUAGAGGAAAUUUUAUUGAAUUGAUUAAACUUCUUGCAGAAUUUAAUCCUGAAAUUGCUGCCGUUGUCUUGGAAAAUGCUCCUCAAUGUGCCAAGUACACGUCACCUGAUAUUCAAAAGGAAAUUUUAAGUAUUUUUGCAUUGAAAAUCAGGAAGCAUAUUCGUGAAGAAAUUGGUGAUCAAAAGUUCUCUAUUCUUGUAGAUGAGACAUGUGACAUUUCAAAGCGAGAACAAAUGGCAAUUGUUCUGAGAUUUGUUGAUAUUGAUGGUGUUUUACAAGAAAGAUUCUUUGACUUGGUACAUGUGAGGAACACAAAAGCUCUAACGCUGAAAGCGGAGAUAUGCUAUGUAUUGUCUACCUAUGGUUUUGAUGUGCAGAACCUUCGAGGUCAAGGUUAUGAUGGUGCUAGUAAUAUGAGGGGGGAGUUGAAUGGACUGCAAGCACUUGUUCUUAAAGAAUGCCCUUAUGCUUAUUAUGUCCAUUGCUAUGCACAUCGUUUACAACUUGCUUUGGUUGCUGCAGCAAAGGAUGUUGUUCCUGUUACUCAGUUUUUUCAGAAGUUACUCUUUAUUGUGAACACAGUUGACUCGUCAGCAAAGCGGCAUGAUGAGCUUCAUGAUGCCCAAGUGGUUGAACUUGCACGGUUGUUGGCUGUUGAUGAGCUUGAGACAGGUCAAGGGGCAAAUCAAAUCCGCUCACUAAAACGUCCAGGAGACACUAGGUGGGGUUCACACUUAGGUUCAAUUUCGAGCCUUAUGGACAUGUUUAAUCCAGUAAGUACAGUUUUGCAAAAUUUAGCUGCUGACUCAACAGCUGGUACAAAUCGUGCUGAUGGGGAUACUUCUUUCAACUACAUGAUAUCUUUUGAGUUUGUAUUUAUUCUAUGUCUCAUGAGAGAAAUAUUGGAGAUCACCGAACAACUUGGUCAAGCUCUCCAAAAGAAAUCACAGGACAUAGUAAAUGCUAUCCGUCUUGUGCAAACAACAAAAAUUCUUCUUGAGAAAAUGAGAUCAGAUGAUGGUUGGGAAACUUUUAUUUGCAAGGUUAUGGAGUUCUGUGUGGACCAUGAUAUUGAUAUCCCGAACAUGGAUGAAACAUACAUUUUACGUGGUGGCCGUGCUCGUCGUCAACCUAAUCAUUUUACCACAGAUCAUUUCUUUAGAGUGGAGGUAUUUCGGGCAACACUUGAUACUCAGUUGGCUGAACUAAAUCUGAAGUUUAAUGAGAAGAUCAUUAAAACAAGGCUACGCAACAGAAUGGAAGAUGACUUUCUCGCUAAUAGCAUGCUAGUGAAUAUAGAAGCUGAAAUUCUUGGGGACUACAAUUAUGAAGACAUAAUUCAUGAUUUUAUUGAUGUGAAGAAACGAAAAGUACACUUUUGAA